UGGACAUAAUAAUGGUAAUGAAUUUCUUCACAACCAAUCCACUUUAUGUCAGUACGGAAAUACGUAAUUUUGAACGCGACGAAAAUGAGGAAACUAAUCAAGCAAGAAUGCAGUGGUUGUGCUACACAAGAGGGUGGCUGGCAUGGUGUAGCGCCGUUAAUGUGGCUGCGCAGAAGAAGCGAAGAACCACCAUGCGCUUCCGUGAAGUGCUACUGGCCAAAUGCCAGAUUAUCUACUAUUGGCAGUAAUCUAAAAUUCAUAGAAGCCUUUCACAUUACACAUUAAUCCCACACUUGACCAACGCCUAUGCAUCACCACGUCGGCACAAACAAGGUUUGAACAGUGUUCCCCCUACAGCAACAAGAUGAUUAC